AUGCCACCAAUCAUUCACUGUGUCCGCCAUGCGCAGGGUUAUCACAACCUCACCUAUGCCAAUCACACCCUCUCCGACCCCCUCUUAACUCCACACGGCGAAUCGCAAUGUAAGGACCUCAGUGCGGAAUUCCCGCAUCACUCCCAAAUCGACCUGAUCGUUGCCUCACCGCUACGACGCACCCUCUACACCGCGUUAUUGGCAUUUGAAGAUCAAAUCAAGAGCAGGGGGCUGACAAUCAUCGCGCUGCCGGAGAUCCAGGAGACAAGUGAUGUGCCUUGCGAUGUUGGUAGUGACUUGGAACUUCUAGAGAAGGAGGUUGCGGAGAAAGGGUUGCCCGUGGAUUUGAAGUUGGUAGAGGAGGGAUGGAAUUCAAAGACAGGAAAAUGGGCACCCACUGCUGAAGCUAUUGAAGAUCGUGCAAGGGAAGCUCGACGAUGGCUAAAAUCUCGACCGGAAAAGGAGAUUGUGAUUGUAUCGCAUGGGGGAUUUUUACAUUAUUUCACGGAGGAUUGGCAAGAUAGCACGCUUUACCAAGGUACAGGAUGGCGCAACACGGAAUACCGCACCUACACAUUCUCCGACUUAGUUCAUCAGGAUGAUCUCUAUGGCCGGCCUCUUGGCGGUGACAAUGCCACCAUCCAAGAGACUCCUGAGUCCCGUCUCCGCCGUGGGAAAUCGCCCGAAGCACCCCCCAGGGCCUUGCGGAAGCAGUUUUUCAUCCAGGCGAUGAAGGGGUGGGAGAAUCAGGUUUUGGACUGGGCGAAGCAGGAGGAGUCGAAGACGGGGAUAACUGCCGGUAUUGAGUCGAGGGCGGGAGACAAGGUUGUUAGGGGAGAGGACUGGGAGGAGGAAAGUGUUUAUGCUUAA